UAUUUGUACCUUCUCCAUCACCCCGCUUAUCAUCCGAUUCUAUACCAAAAGGAAAAUGCCCCCAAAGAAACGCCAAGCCGAGGAUAAGGUUCUUCUCGGACGACCUGGCAACAACCUAAAGACUGGUCUAGUGGGUCUUGCCAAUGUUGGUAAAUCGACGCUCUUUCAAGCCAUCACAAAAUGUUCUCUUGGUAAUCCCAACAACUACCCUUAUGCCACCAUUGAUCCAGAAGAGUCCCGUGUCAUAGUACCAGAUGACAGAUACGAUUGGCUGUGCGACAAAUAUAACCCCAAGUCCAGGGUUCCUGCCCACCUUACCAUUUAUGAUAUUGCUGGUCUCGUCAAGGGUGCAUCCACCGGAGAAGGUCUUGGUAAUGCAUUCUUGUCUCACAUACGCGCUGUAGAUGCUAUCUUUCAGGUCGUUCGUUGCUUCGACGAUAAAAGUAUCAUACACGUACAAGGCGACGUUGAACCUGUUCGUGAUCUGGACAUUAUCGCUGAUGAGCUACGAAUCAAAGACAUCGAGUUCUCUGAGAAGGCACUUGAGAAUCUCAAGAAGCAGACACGGCGCGGCGGCCAAAGUCUGGAGAUGAAGAAACUUAAAGAGGAGGAAGCUACCGUUGAAAAGAUCCUUGCUUGGUUGAAAGAUGGCAAGGAUGUGCGGAAGGGCGACUGGACUCCGAAAGAGGUUGAGGUCAUCAAUCCUCUCUUCCUCCUAUCCGCGAAACCUGUCGUCUACCUACUGAACAUGAGCGAGAAGGACUAUCUUCGCAAAAAAAAUAAGUAUCUCAAGGAAAUUCAAAAAUGGACAGUGGAUCAUGCCGCCGGCGACCCGAUCUUGCCCAUCUCUGUUGAACUAGAAAAACGUCUUAGCAAGUUUGAGACCGAAGCUGAAGUAACCGCGGAGCUCGAGAGAAUUGGCGCAACGCCAGCGUUACCCAAGGUCAUCACGACUAUGAGGAAGGCAUUGCACCUAGGAAGCUUCUUCACCACUGGUGCAGAUGAAGUACGACAAUGGACCAUUAGGAACGGUACGAAGGCACCCCAAGCUGCUGGCGUGAUUCAUGGCGACUUUGAAAAGACAUUCAUUCAGGCUAUAGUAUAUAACUAUAGUGUUUUGAAAGAAGAAGGGGAUGAAGCUACAGUCAAGGCGAAGGGCAAGAUCUUGACCAAGGGCAAGGACUACGUUGUUCAGGACGGAGAUAUCUUGCUCAUAAAGGCCGGAGCAGCUAAGAAAUAAGUGCCAAAUAGAUUUGUUGCGCCUGUGAUUAUGCUAUAUACAGCUCUGCCACUGGCAUCUUUACGUGUUCAUCAAGACCAUUCAAUAUCCAAUGUAAUAUCAUUAAAUCUACUCACU